UUUCACCUUCAAAAUGUAGAGAAUAUUAUCAGUGUUUAAGUAUAUUUAAAGGCCUCAGAUUGCACUCCGAUAUGCUAAAAUCCAGGAACUUCCGGGGGCCUCCGGCCCCCUGAACCCCCAGCCAGGGCGUUGCCCUGUACCCACCGGGGGCCCUGCGGCCCCCAGCUUGAAAUUUCAGUAUUUUCACUUUUCUGAACUUUUACCCAUGUAUGUUACCCCUGUCCAUCCAUAACACGGUUUAUUAAUGAAAUUUAUUUUCAGUCAAUUUAAACAACUGCAAAAUCUUUGGAUUAUAAACCGUCAUACCAUAUUAAAGCUUGUAGUAGGUCCGAUAGUGUAUAGAAAUGGCAUUCAUUUUAGCGGGGUACUCUAUAUAUCCCGUACCUUUAUAGAACCUCGCAGCAAGGGUUAAUAUUGAAAUUGAGGACCCAUAACUUACCACAUAUCUUAGUAUACAUAGACAACCCAGAUCAUGGUUUGAUACAGAUACCCCGUUUCUGACGAUAUUUCUGUUUAUAUAUAUAUUAUAUAUGUAUAUAGUUGGUUAGUCAGAAGACUGCUUGUGGAAAAAACAUUAUUUAAUAUAUUCAGGAAAUGAGACCAAGAAGAAAGAAACAGGAGAAUGUGGCAGCAGACUGCAUUGAUUCAGGGGAGGACCUCAAAGAUUUUGUUAUUGAACAUAUACCACCAAAAGGUCUUGGUGUUAGAACAACAAUAAAUAGAACAAAAGGAGAUUUCUUAAUGAUUUAUUCCGGCGAACUGAUAACAGAAAGAGAAGGGGAAGAACGUGAAGAACGUGAACCAUCCGUGUUUAGAUACUUCUUCCAAUAUAAAAGGAAAGGGUGGUGUAUGGAUGCUACUAGUGAAUUAGAUGUUGGGCCUCGGCUAGGUCGUCUGGUGAACCACGGUGGUAAAGGUAGAAAUUGUGUUAUGAAAACCCUGGAGUUCAACAAAAGGCCAUAUCUUUGCUUGUUUGCUGCUAAAGAUAUUCCACAAGGUGAAGAGUUACUGUAUGAUUACGGCAUUAAGGAUUUGCCUUGGGAGAGAAAAGCUGACACAGAAUUGGUGGCCGCUACUGACAAUCUGGAGAACAUGCUGGAGGCCCAGACUACAGACAAUCUGAAGAACAUGAAGGAGGCCCAGACUACAGACAAUCUGGACAACACGCUGGAGGCCCAGACUACAGAUAAUCUGGAGAACAUGCUGGAGGCCCAGACUACAGACAAUCUGGAGAACAUGCAGGAGGCCCAGACUACAGAUAAUCUGGACGAAAUGCUGGAGGCCCAGACUACAGAUAAUCUGGAGAACAUGCAGGAGGCCCAGACUACAGACAAUCUGGAGAACACACUGGAGGCCCAGACUACAGACAAUCUGGAGAACAUGCUGGAGGCAGAGGCUUCAGACAAUCUGGAGAACAUGCAGGAGGCCCAGACUACAGAUAAUCUGGACGAAAUGCUGGAGGCCCAGACUACAGAUAAUCUGGAGAACAUGCAGGAGGCCCAGACUACAGACAAUCUGGACAACACACUGGAGGCCCAGACUACAGACAAUCUGGAGAACAUGCUGGAGGCAGAGGCUACAGACAAUCUGGAGAACAUGCAGGAGGCCCAGACUACAGAUAAUCUGGACGAAAUGCUGGAAGCCCAGACUACAGAUAAUCUGGAGAACAUGAAGGAGGCCCAGACUACAGAUAAUCUGGAGAACAUGCUGGAGGGCCAGACUACAGAUAUUCUGGAGAACAUGCUGGAGACCCAGACUACAGAUAAUCUGGAGAACAUGCUGGAGGCCCAGACUACAGACAAUCUGGAGAACAUACAGGAGGCCCAGACUACAGAUAAUCUGGAGAACCCGCUGGAGACCCAGACUACAUAUAAUCUGGAGAACAUGCUGGAGGCCCAGACUACAGACAAUCUGGAGAACAUGCUGGAGGCCCAGACUACAGACAAUCUGGAGUUAAUUCUGGAGGCCCAGACUACAGACAAUCUGGAAAACGUGCGGGAUGCCCAGACUAUAGACAAUCUGGAGAACAUGCUGGAGACCCAGACUACAGACAAUCUGGAGAACAUGCUGGAGAUCCAGACUACAGACAAUCUGGACGAAAUGCUGGAGAUCCAGACUACAGACAAUCUGGACGAAAUGCUGGAGGUCCAGACUAAAGACAAUCUGGAGAACACGCUGGAGGCUCAGACUACAGACAAUCUGGAGAACAUACUGGAGGCCCAGACUACAGACAAUCUGGACGAAAUGCUGGAGGCCCAGACUACAGAUAAUCUGGAGAACAUGCUGGAGGCCCAGACUACAGAUAAUCUGGGCAACAUGCUGGAGGCCCAGACUACAGAUAAUCUGGGCAACAUGCUGAAGACACAGAUUAUGACUGAGGAGCAGGUACACCCCAGCAAGAUACAGGACCAGAUCUCCGGUAAUAAUGCCCUGAUGAAGGAGAUGGCUGUGCGACUUACCAGCCUUAAGUCUAUACAGACAGCUGCAGAGGAGCUGAUCAAACAAGCCACUGAUUUGCAGGAUGGUGAUGCGAAAGAUAUUCCUCAUGGCACCAACAAGUUCUGGGAUGAACUGCAACAGUUGACACAUACGCUGAAGCACAUGUCUGACAGGCUUGGCAAUCAGGAGCCCACGGUGGAGCCCACGGUGGAGCCCAGCCUCAUCCGGGAACAGCAGGAAACACUAGAGAUCUCCAGUGAUGAAGAAGUGAUCAAUGUUGAUAACAAUGAUGAAGAUGAUGAUGAGGUGAUAGUGAGGAAAUCGCAGCUCAAGAAAAAAGGAAAGAAGAAACCUAAACUGUUUGAUUUAGAUGAGGAUGAAGAUCCAAUUCCAAAGGAGAAGAAGAGAAGGAAAUCCAGAAAGAUUGUCCAUGUAGGGGGGUCAGAUGGUUACGCAGAAGAAGAUGUUCUGGAGCCGACACCUAAGAAAACGUUUAUGGACAAGUUCUUGGCAAGCAGGAGCCCUGGAAAAGACACAAAUGCAUCCAAACCAGAGCCUGCCAAGAAGGUUGAGACAGCCAAAAAACUGACUGAAGCGAAACCGACCGUCUCUGUUUCAGCCUUCUUUGGUGAAGCUAGUAUUCAUCGGGUGGAGAGAAAAGUGGUACCAGCUAAGAAGGAAUUAGCAUUACAGAACUCAAAUGUGAACCCUCUGAACCAGCCAGUAGAUCCCACUUGUGAACUAAUGCAGAUAGAAGGCGACCUUUUGCUGGGGCAGCCCAAUGCCACCAACCCCCAUGACAGACAGAGCAGGACGAACUAUGGACUCGAUGUUGAGAAGUGA